UCAGAAGGAAGGGCGUCAGGCGGAAGUACUGUUUGGAAACAAGAAGUGUGGCAGUUUCCGCGGCCCACCAGGCGGGAGCUAUGGAGGCGUACGAGCAGGUCCAGAAGGGGCCCCUGAAGCUGAAAGGCAUCGCGGAGCUUGGCGUGACGAAGCGGAAGAAGAAGAAAAAGGACAAAGACAAGGCCAAGAUGCUGGAAGCCAUGGGGACGAGCAAGAAGAGCGAGGAGGAGAAGAGGCGCUGCCUGGACAAGCGCACGCCGGCGCAGGCGGCCUUCGAGAAGAUGCAAGAGAAACGGCAAAUGGAAAGAAUCCUGAAGAAGGCAUCCAAAACCCACAAGCAGAGAGUGGAGGACUUCAACAGACACCUGGACACGCUCACCGAGCACUACGACAUUCCCAAAGUCAGCUGGACCAAGUAGCCGUGGGAAAGGCGGGCCUGGCUAACCAUGGCGUUCUCUGUGUUUUCUUGAAUGCUCAACAACCGUCUAUGCAUCGGCUCAGCCAGGCUUUCUGCAAUUUGAUUAAAGUCGGGCUGUUCUUCCACUGGGUUUUGGUUUCCUGUUUGGCCUGCAGUGUUGAGAAUUGACAAGGUGAGGUCAUUUCUGGGAAAGGGGUGUCUGUCUUCACCUGCACCACAGUGCCAGACAGGUAGCUCCUGUGCGGACCACCACAGAAGCUCCCCCAGUGCUGCUCCAUUUGUGGCCACCUGGACAUCAGAUCACAUUUUGCAACAGCCACUUGAAGCAAGGAUGGGACACAGGUCUCUGGCACAUACCCUGUCCCGCUGCCAUGGAUCUUGCUAGUCAAACUCAGUUCUCAGUGAUGGCACCUGAGGCUCUAAGCAUAUGGCAUGUGACAUGAGCCUACGUGGCAUUCCUGGUCUAAGGACACCCAAAUGCCAGACAUGGCCAGGGCACAGUGCUGGCAGACAUCGUGUGGCAGUGCGAGAGCCCUGGUGCGGGUGCUGCACAGCCGUGGCUUCUGAGGGUCCAGGUGGACCACUAGGAGAACUUGUGCACACAUUGUUUCGAGCAGCAGCUUCUGUUGUCACGGAUAAAGAAUGGAUGACAGGAAUCUGUGGAGCUGACAUGUAGAGAAUAAAGCAAGUGCCAGUCAUGAA